UACACCGCGCAUGUGCUUAAGCCGAGUGUUGUGCUUUACAUGCAUCCAAGUCAUGCUACCCCCCUCCUUGCUCUUUUCCGAACGCUUUGGCGUGGGUGCCUGCAGCUGAGGAUAGGAGCAUUGUGUGGUGAAUCCACUGCAAUACACAGCUCAGGUCUUUGUCCUGUGCUGACACCACCUGCUGACGAACAUCGGACAGUAAGGCCGCGCGGGCAAGGCCAGCUAUCUCUGCCCUCCACAGUCCCACCAUGUUGUCACUGUGCCGCCGGGUGCCGCCUCUGCGCGCCGCCGCGGCGCGCGCCGCCAGUCAACACAGCGCGACCACGGAGGAGCAGUUCCAGCCGCUGGACGUGUCGCGGCGGCGCGAGGUGGUGAAGAAGGCGCGCCAGCGCCGCUCCACGGCCGCGGGGCCGCCGCGGUACGAGCGCCAGUCGACGACGCAGCGCUGGUCGGAUGUGUGGCCGGCGCCGCGCUCCUUCCACCCGGCGGCCGUGCCGCUGCCGCUGCGCCAGGGCUUCGUGGAGCGGCCGGCGCUGUACGUGACGCCCGGUAAGUACGCCAACGCCGAGCUGAUGAAGGUGGCCAACAUGCUGCACCUGACGCCGCCGGCCGUGGAGCGCCACUGCAAGGCGCUGGCGCGCUUCUGCACCGCCUGGCCGGCGGCGCUCACCGACGAGCGGCUGGAGCAGCUGCGGCCGCUGCGCGUCGUCACGCAGGAUUUCGUGCACGCGACGCCGACGGUGCGACACCCGGACGCGCGCGUCGUCGCCGUCCGGCUGCCCGUGGACCGGCUGCUGCUGACCCCGGCUGACCGCGACAAGCUGCUGCGGCUGGUGGGCGAGCGUUUUGAUGUGCAGACUGGGCUGCUGACGCUCGUGGCAGACCGGUGUCCGUACCGACGACAGAAUCGCGACUACGCACUCUAUCUGCUGACGGUGCUCUACUUUGAGAGCUGCAAGCGCGAGCCGUGGGAGGCGCUGCGCGUGGACGCCGACGCCGAGGAGUUCGUCUGGGAGGGGUCGACUUCGCAGGCCGCCGUCCGGCGGCUGGGGACGUCCGAGCGCUGGCUGGGGACGAACGCGGGACAGGCAGGGCCGACUAACGGUCGGACGGGGACGGAGGAGGCCCAGAUGGGGACCGAAGAGGGCCAGGCGGUGACGGAGGAGACCCAGCUGGGACCGGAGGAGAGCGCCGUGGUGCGCGAGUACGCAAAAGCCGUAACGCAGCUGCACAAUGUGGGCGAGGACGAGGCGAGCUUGGCGGCGUACCGCCGGGCGGUGGUGGCGCUGCUCAGCCUGCCCGAGCACGUGGCCGCCCAUUGACGCCGCCGCCACCUGGCGGAGGCCUGGGCUCUUCUCAGGCCUUCCCGCGUCAGCGGCCGGGAGACGGCGCGGCUUCGCUGGCGGCGCGCUGACGGCAGUGCCGUCCCGGAUGAGCACGGCUCGAGCUGGCGCGUCGGUGAAGGCAAUGUGACGGCCAUGUCGCGACGGAGUACGGGGGGCGGCCCCUGUACGUCACGGGUGGCGUUGACUACUGUCGUACUGUCGUACUGACUGCUGUCGUACGCACCGAUCGUCGCACCGAAUGCUGACCGUUGCCGCUGACGUAAUGGAAUAGAUAAUUGUGUGAUGGGUGCGAGACUGAGUCGUUGUGAGUGAGAAGGCUCCGGGUGCAUCCCUCGUCCGGCUCUGGAUGUGGAUUCUGCCGAGCUAGAGGCAAGGUGGAGUGUAUGCCGAGCAGGUCGAGGUGGGCCGCAGUGUCGGCCGUAAUAAACGAACGCCUUUCU